AUAAAAAUUCCUUAUAUAUUUACAUAUUUCUAAUUUUCAUAGCUCUCGGAACAACCAAUUAGAUAAUACAGCAAAGCGUUCCAUAAAUGCACCAUGAUGGGAACAAUAAACGACUUAUAGAGUUUGGUUUUGGUUCAUGGAGAGAGGACUUUGAUUUCAAUGUUGACGUUCAUGUGUAGAAGUUCACACAAGUGAGGCAAGUUUUUGAUUGCCAUUCACUUGGGAUUCUUCUCCACAUGGUUCAAGCAGCUCACGACUUCCGGUUUUAAACCAAAUAUCCUCUGGGUAGCCAACAAACAGCCGUUUGGAGACAAGCCAAAGUGAGAAGUCGAAGCCCACUACUGCAGUUGUGCGUAGGGUUUGUGACCCCGCAACAUAAAAACGUAUCACCCAAUGAAAAAAUCAACAUAAUACCAUAUAGUAAGCGACCAUAGACCUAAUUAAAUGGCGGUGAAGUUAAGUCUCUCCAUCACACUAGUUACCUGUCCGUCUGUUUGGGCAUAACCUAGUGCCGAAGAUGUCUGAAUGAAUUUAUUUUAAUAAUGCGCUGAUAAUUUUCCGGAUAGCCUGAACGAGCGAUCAUAACACAAGUUUGCGAUUCAUUCCAAUAACCCUAACUUGCUCUUAUUGUUCAUGUUUUUCAAUUCAUAAGCUCUUUGAUGAGCUUCGUCACUUCUUCUGAUAAAAAAGCUCGCACGUUUCUUGCAAAUUUGUAAAUUUACUACGUGAGCUAGUUCGGUGUUUCGAACUCGAUUUGAACUGCGGAAAUAUUUACAAUUAUUACUCACUUAUUUUCACAAAUCAUAAAUGAAAAUAUAUCGAGAUAAACUCACACUUUGGUAUUUAUAAUGUUUAUAAACAUUGGCGUAUAUAUGGCUAUCGUAUAUUAUAUGUAUGUACUUAUUGCAGUAAAACAAAAACAAAGUUAUUUUACCACAAAAAAGUCAUACACUCACAUACUUAGAUUUGUAUUAUGUAUUUUUCCCUUUAUCCAAAUCCAAUCGUCGAACAGAUUUCACAGAAAUCCUCAACGAAUGAGUGAGUAAACCUCUGCUUUAGAAUCCAACAACUCGAAGUUAUUCCGAACAUUUCAGUCUUGCAUUGGAAACGGUGCGCUCAAGAACGGAUUAACUGAAAUAUAAAAAAGAAAUAAACCAAAAAUUAUAAAAGAAUAAAAAAUAAAAAAAUUAUAUAAUUUAAAAAUUCUUAAAAAACUUUAAUCAUUUUAAAUUAAAAUCAUUUCUGUGAUAUAUGUAUAAUACUUAAAAUAAUCAAAAAUGUUACGAAAAAAUGUGGAAAUGGUUCUAAAACGUUGCCCCUGUGGUUCGGUGCCAGAGGAGAGUGGCGAAGAUGAAGAAGACUUUAAUGAACGGAAAAUAAAGGAGGAGUUAGAAAGAUAUUAUGUAGAUUUAAAUAGUGCCAUAAAGUUACUGUUAUUAGGUACUGGUGAGGCCGGCAAGUCCACUUUCUUCAAACAAAUGCAUAUCAAUUAUGGCAGAGGUUUUACGGCUGAAGAUCGAAAGCAAUACAAAAGAGUUAUACAUCAGAAUAUUGUGACAGCCAUGCAGUCGAUGCUGAGUGCUAUGAAUGCGUUGAGGAUACCAUACGACAAAAUAGAGAAUGCGCUCAUGGCAAAUAGCAUUUUGAUCACAAAUGUCGAAGCCCUAACAAAUUUGAACGAGACGACUUUGUCAGCGAUAAAACGUCUGUGGACCGACACGGGCGUCCAACAAUGCUAUGAACGACGAAGAGAAUAUCAGAUUAUGGAUUCGGCAAAAUAUUUCCUGGACUUACUGGAUUGUGUCACACAGCCCAAUUACGAACCCAGCGAUGAUCAUAUAUUGCGCUCACGUGUUGUUACAACCGCAAUAGUGGAGCAUGUUUUCGAUACACAGCAAAGCAAACCGAAACAUAAUAGUAACAAACGGACGUUACUUCGCGUAAUAGAUGUUGGUGGCCAACGCUCGGAACGAGCAAAAUGGUUACAAUAUUUUGAUGAUGUGACAGCUGUCAUCUUUCUAACAUCUCUCUCAGAAUACGAUCAGACAUUGUGCGAGGCCAGAGGUUUGAAUCGCAUGGAGGAGUCCAUGUCGCUGUUUCGUUCCAUCUUAUCCACACAUUAUUUUCGCAAUUCUUCGAUUAUUUUAUUUUUAAAUAAGCAAGAUAUACUCGAAGAGAAAAUAAUGACGUCACAUUUAGUAGACAACUUCCCGGAGUAUCAAGGUCCCAAACAAAACGCUGAAGCGGCAAAAUAUUUUAUACGCGAAAUGUUCGAGGCCGUUGUGGAAAAAGGACGCAAAGUUUACCCACAUUUUACAUGUGCCACAGACACGAAAAACUUUCGCAUAGUAUUUCUGACGGUACAGGACACAAUAAUAAACAAUUACCUAAAAUCAAUAGGCCUUAAUUAAGCUGUGCCCACAUCUGCUGUGUUGCAGUGCCCGAAGAGUGUAGAAAAAAUGUGUAAAUUUGAAUUUUUUCAUUAUUUAUUGUAAGAAAUAUUAUGUUAAUUAUAUAUUAUAUGUAAUUAUUAUAUUGGAUUGUAUUAUGUUCGCUUAACAAUUACAUAUGUAGUUUAAUGUGUAUAAAGUAAAUAAUUAUAAAUCAGUACUAUUUUGUGAAAACAUGUGAACAACGCACGAUUCAUAUAUAUAUACAUAUCGUUAAGCCAGCAGAGGUAUAUAUAUAUAUAGAUAUUCGUAUCACAAAGUCAUUAUUGCUCUAAAUAAACAAAAUAGCAAAGAUUUUACAUAACAAAGACAACAAAGAGCAUCAUAUGGAAGCCUUGCUUAAAUAAAUAAAUAUGUUUUUUUUCUUGUCUUUACAGUUAAUCGAUUAAUUGAUACUUAAGGCAUAUUUGUUAUUUUCGCGACACUAAAAUUAUUACAUUACAGACUUUAUUCGUUUAUUUAUAUAUAGAUAUUUAUGUAUGUAUGUAUGUGCAUUGUAAAAGCCACACAAUCGACAUAUUAAAGGCUCUUUGAAAGCAUGCCACAUUGAGCUUGACUUGAUUCUUAUUGUUUUGGGUUUUCUACUGUACAUAACAAAGGGCACAGACGCAGACAUUCAUCAACGAAUUUCAGUUCUUCAUUCUUAACCGUUCAGUACACAUUUUCGCCUUUUUUUGUUUUUUUUUUUUUU